GCUGCCCCUGCCCUGAGAACCCCACCACAGAGCCUAUUUCUUUCCCUCUUUUGCCCUGGCCUCCCUACCUCACCUGCUUUCUGCUGUGUCCCCAGGAGCUCUGGAGCCCUAGGACUAUGGAUGCGCUCAAUAGGAACCAGGUAGGCCCUGGAUGCAAGACCCAGGCCACGAUGCAGAAAGGUCCCUUGGACCUGAUUGAGACAGGCAAAGGGCUGAAAGUGCAAACGGACAAACCCCAUCUGGUUAGCCUGGGCAGUGGGCGGCUCAGCACGGCUAUCACCCUCCUGCCGUUGGAGGAAGGGAGAACGGUGAUUGGCUCUGCAGCCAGGGACAUCUCACUGCAGGGUCCAGGCCUGGCUCCAGAGCACUGCUACAUCGAGAACCUACGGGGCACCCUCACCCUCUACCCUUGUGGCAAUGUCUGCACUAUUGAUGGGCUCCCUAUCCGGCAGCCCACCCGGCUCACUCAGGGCUGCAUGUUGUGCCUGGGUCAGUCCACCUUCCUCCGGUUUAACCACCCGGCUGAAGCCAAGUGGAUGAAGAGCAUGAUUCCAGCAGGAGGCCGGGCCCCUGGGGCCCCCUACAGCUCUGGCCCUGCAGAAUCAGAAAGUCUGGUGAAUGGGAACCACACCCCACAGCCUGCAACCCGGGGACCUUCGGCCUGUGCCAGCCACAGUUCCCUUGUGAGCUCUAUUGAGAAGGACUUGCAGGAAAUCAUGGACUCACUGGUGCUAGAGGACCCUGGAGCUGCUGGCAAGAAGCCUGCUGCAUCCUCUCCACUGUCACCGAUGGCUAAUGGUGGGCGCUACCUGCUGUCCCCCCCAACCAGUCCUGGUGCCAUGUCUGUGGGCUCCAGCUAUGAAAACACCUCUCCAGCCUUCUCUCCACUUUCCUCACCAGCCAGUAGUGGGAGCUGUGCCAGCCACUCACCCAGCGGGCAGGAGCCAGGACCUUCCGUGCCCCCACUGGUGCCUGCCCGUUCCUCCAGCUACCAUCUGGCCCUGCAACCCUCACAGUCCCGCCCGAGUGGUGCCCGCUCCUCUGAGAGCCCUCGGCUGGGCAGGAAAGGGGGUCAUGAGAGACCUCCCAGCCCUGGUCUCCGGGGUCUGCUGACAGACAGCCCUGCAGCCACUGUCUUGGCGGAGGCCCGCAGAGCCACUGAUAGCCCCCGGCUGGGUGGGCAGCUGCCCGUGGUGGCUAUCAGCCUGAGUGAAUACCCAGCUUCUGGUGCCUGCAGCCAGCCUACCAGCAUUCCUGGCAGCCCCAAGUUCCAGCCUCCAGUCCCUGCUCCCCGCAACAAGAUUGGAACACUCCAGGACCGCCCUCCCAGCCCUUUCCGUGAACCUCCAGGCACCGAGCGGGUAUUGACAACCAGCCCCUCACGCCAACUAGUGGGCCGAACAUUUUCAGAUGGGUUAGCCACCCGCACCUUGCAGCCUCCUGAGAGUCCCCGCCUGGGCCGGCGGGGCCUGGACAGUAUGCGAGAACUCCCUCCCUUGAGCCCAUCUCUAUCCCGACGAGCUCUCUCCCCAGUGCCCACUCGGACUACUCCAGAUCCCAAGCUAACCAGGGAAGUGGCAGAGAGUCCUCGGCUCCAACGUUGGGCAGCCCAUGGGGCUUCACCAGAGGACUUCUCCCUAACGCUGGGAGCUCGGGGCCGUAGGACACGGAGCCCCUCACCCACACUGGGGGAGUCCCUGGCACCUCGCAAGGGCAGCUUCAGUGGCAGGCUGAGCCCAGCCUACAGCCUGGGCUCUCUUACUGGGGCUUCGCCCCGCCAGAGCCCCCGUGCCCAGAGGAAGCUCUCCAGUGGGGACUUGCGGGUGCCUGUCACACGAGAGCGGAAAAAUAGCAUCACGGAGAUCAGUGACAACGAGGACGACCUCCUGGAGUACCAUCGGCGGCAACGCCAGGAGCGGCUCCGGGAGCAGGAGAUGGAGAGGCUGGAACGCCAGCGCCUUGAGACCAUUCUGAACCUGUGUGCCGAGUACAGCCGGGCUGACGGGGGACCUGAGGCCGGGGAGUUGCCCAGCAUUGGGGAGGCCACUGCAGCAUUGGCACUGGCAGGCAGGAGGCCCUCACGAAGCUUUGGAGCUUCUGGGAGAAGCAGUGAGGAGACUGGAGGUGCCGCCCAACGCCUGUGGGAGAGCAUGGAACGCUCAGAUGAGGAAAAUCUCAAGGAGGAGUGCAGCAGCACCGAGAGCACCCAGCAAGAGCAUGAAGAUGCACCUAGCAGCAAGCUCCAGGGAGAGGUGCUAGCCCUGGAAGAGGAGCGGGCUCAGGUGCUGGGGCGCGUGGAGCAGCUCAAGGUCCGUGUGAAGGAGCUGGAGCAGCAGCUGCAGGAGUCAGCCCGAGAGGCUGAAAUGGAGAGGGCGCUGCUGCAGGGGGAGAGAGAGGCAGAGAGGGUGCUGCUGCAGAAGGAGCAGAAGGCAGUGGACCAGCUGCAGGAGAAGCUGGUAGCCUUGGAGAUGGGCAUCCAGAAGGAGAGGGACAAGGAGGCAGAGACCCUGGAGACUGAGACAAAGCUCUUUGAGGACUUGGAGUUCCAGCAGCUGGAGCGGGAGAGCCGAGUGGAGGAGGAGCGGGAGCUGGCGGGCCAGGGGCUGCUCCGGAGCAAAGCUGAGCUGCUCCGCAGCAUUGCCAAGAGGAAGGAGCGCCUGGCCAUCCUGGACAGUCAGGCUGGGCAGAUCCGGGCCCAGGCCGUGCAAGAGUCGGAGCGCCUGGCCCGGGACAAGAAUGCCUCCCUGCAGCUCCUGCAGAAGGAGAAGGAGAAACUGACUAUGCUGGAGAGGAGAUACCACUCACUCACAGGGGGCAGGCCUUUCCCGAAGACCACAUCGACCCUCAAAGAGAUGGAGAAGCUGCUGCUCCCUGCUGUAGACUUAGAGCAGUGGUACCAGGAGCUGAUGGCCGGGCUGGGGACUGGCCUUGCUGCAGCCUCUCCUUGUUCCUCCCCCCCGCCUCUGCCUGCCAAAGCUUCCCGUCAGCUGCAGGUUUACCGCUCCAAGAUGGAUGGCGAGGCCACCAGCCCUCUGCCCCGGACCCGCAGCGGCCCCCUCCCCUCCUCCUCUGGUUCUUCCUCCUCCUCCUCCCAGCUCAGUGUGGCUACCCUGGGCCGUAGCCCCUCCCCAAAGAGUGCUCUACUCACCCAGAAUGGCACGGGCAGCCUCCCUCGCAAUCUGGCAGCCACGCUGCAGGACAUUGAGACCAAGCGCCAACUAGCUCUGCAGCAGAAGGGACAGCAGGUGAUUGAGGAGCAACGGCGGCGACUGGCUGAACUGAAGCAGAAAGCGGCAGCCGAAGCGCAGUGCCAGUGGGAUGCCCUGCACGGGGCAGUGCCCUUCCCACCGGGCCCCUCGGGCUUCCCCCCACUCAUGCACCACUCCAUCCUGCACCACCUGCCAGCCGGGCGGGAGCGUGGAGAGGAGGGUGAGCAUGCCUACGAUACGCUGAGCCUGGAGAGCUCCGACAGCAUGGAGACCAGCAUCUCCACGGGGGGCAACUCGGCCUGCUCCCCCGACAACAUGUCCAGUGCAAGUGGUCUGGACAUGGGGAAGAUUGAGGAGAUGGAGAAGAUGCUGAAAGAGGCUCAUGCAGAGAAGAGCCGGCUCAUGGAGUCAAGGGAGCGGGAGAUGGAGCUGCGGCGGCAGGCCCUGGAGGAGGAGCGGCGGAGGCGGGAGCAGGUAGAACGGAGGCUGCAGAGCGAGAGUGCCCGGCGGCAGCAGCUGGUGGAGAAGGAGGUCAAGAUGCGGGAGAAACAGUUUUCCCAGGCACGACCCCUGACCCGCUACCUGCCAAUCCGGAAGGAGGACUUUGACCUCAAGACCCAUAUUGAGUCAUCAGGCCACGGGGUUGAUACCUGCCUGCACGUGGUACUCAGCAGCAAGGUCUGCCGUGGCUACUUGGUCAAGAUGGGCGGCAAGAUUAAAUCAUGGAAGAAGCGCUGGUUUGUCUUCGACCGGCUCAAGCGCACCCUUUCCUAUUAUGUGGACAAGCAUGAGACGAAGCUGAAGGGAGUCAUCUAUUUCCAGGCCAUCGAGGAAGUGUACUAUGACCACCUGCGCAGUGCAGCUAAGAAGAGGUUUUUCCGCUUCACUGUGGUGACUGAGAGCCCAAACCCAGCCCUCACCUUCUGCGUGAAGACCCAUGACCGGCUGUACUACAUGGUGGCCCCAUCUGCAGAGGCCAUGCGCAUCUGGAUGGAUGUCAUUGUCACAGGGGCUGAGGGCUACACUCAGUUCAUGAACUGACCAUCAUGGGCCUCCUCUUGGGCCAAACCCAUGCCAGGCCACCUGCCACUCUGCUCACCCCUGGAGAGAGAGUUGCACACUGGGCCUCAGGCCUCAGGGGAGCAGGGCAUGGCAGAGAACGACUGGGGCUUUUGUACAAGAAGACUUAGUAAUAUUCUGUAAGGAGCUUGGUCCUAUGAGUUUCUGGGUUCUGGUCCCCUAAAGAACCUGCCAGAAGAUGAAAGGUGGGGAGGGGGCUUUAUUGCCUCCUGGGAGCCCAGAACUUGCAAUAACUCUUCAAGGUCCUGCCUCAGUCCUGGUCAGGGCUGAGGUACGUCACAGGGAGGGCCUCUCAGCUCUGACCUGGCACCUACUCUCCCUAGCCCAUUUUCUCUUUUGUAAAGGAUGAAUUAUGGUACCAGAAUCUGCCAAAGAUCCCCUCUUGCCUCAGCCCCCUUUGCAGGGGCCUUGGGGGCUGAGCAGAGCCCAUCCAGGGUGGGGUAACAACAGCUCAGGCAGCGUACUUCUCAAACCCUGCUCUGCCCCAUGGUUCUCCUUGUUUAUGCUUUUUAUUUUGCUCAGGGGCUGGAGACCUCGAGCAUCGUCCUUGAGGACCCAGCCCCAUGCCUCUAUUGCAGACCCAUCACCAUGGUCACCACAGUGACUGCUUCAUUGCCAUGGUUACAGACUAAUUGCCAUGGCUCCAAGACUCAGCCUACUGCUUCAGUUGUGGGCUAUCUGAGGGUGCGUGCCAUCAUCUCUCCAGCCCAGGCCCCUGGGCAUCUCACACCGGGAGGAAGGGACUGAACACCUUCUCCCUGCCUCCAGCCUGUAUCUCUGGGCCUGCCCACCCCUGAGUACAGCCCUCUCCCUUCCACUUGUGCCUUGCUUAGAGCCAGAAGGGAUGAAGCCGGGGGAUCUAGAGACCAGAGACCAGAGGACAAGUGAUGUGGAUAAGAGAGGAGACUAGAACAGCUGUUCUCAGGGUUCUGUACAAGGUUGAGUUUCUGACAGGGAAAGAGGGCUGCUCAGAUGCUUCCAGAGGGAAAGGCUGAGCCAGAGAGGAAGCAGCAGUGAGGGAGGCCCUGAGGUGCGGCCCUCUCCCUCCCUUCCUCCAGCCUCAGAAGGGUGAUGGAAAUGGAGAGUGGAGGAACAGGCCCCCAGCUGCCGGGCCUCAACACUUCACGCCUUAACACUAAGCCCACCUCCCCCGCCCUCCUUCCCAGCACUGGGCCCAUGGUUGCCUGGGCCGGGGCUGGGUGUUUUUCAGUAUUUGUAAGCAUUUCAGCAGAACAAUAAAGCAUUUGGACUAUGUAA